AUGUCAACCGCCACUGCCGCCAACGAUACCACUCGACCUAUUGUGGCUAUCACAGGUCUCAAUGGAUAUAUAGCUGUUCACGUUGCAAUUCAUUUCCUUGAGAAAGGAUUCGACGUCAGAGGUUCAGUACGAUCUGCAUCUUCAGUCGAGAAGAUCAAUGAUAAUCCAAUUUGGAAAAAAUGGAUCGAUGAAAAAAGAGUUCAAGUCGUUAUCGUUCCUGAUCUCCAGGGCGAUUUAACUGAACUACUCCAAGGCGUGGAAGUUAUCGCUCAUCUAGCUGCUCCAGUCGGUCAGAAUCUAAAAAGUUGGGAUGAAUAUAAACUUCCUACGAUCAAUGGUGUCUUGAAUGUCCUCAAUCAAGCUCAGAAGUUCGGAACCAUCAAAGCAAUUUCGAUCAUGUCUUCAAUGGCAGCAGCUUUCAAUCCCGUUCCUAAAGAACAACAAAUAGGUAAAAAUUAUACAGAGGAAGAUUGGUUUCCUUACGAUGAAGCAGCUUGUGAAGCUUUAGAUUCUUCAAAUCCAUACGCAAGUCUACUUUGGUAUUGUGCAGCUAAGAAAUAUGCCGAAUUCGCUAUUCAAGACUGGAUCAAAGAGAAAAAGCCUUCUUUCUCAAUUGCUAUUUUACGGCCACCAAUGACGUAUGGUCCUGUGCUCAACUUUACUUCGCCUCAGGAGUUCAAUGGAGUCAAUGGAUCGUUACCGGGCUGGCUCUCGUUGAUCAAAGGGAAAGACGCUCAUGUGCCAGAGAGCGAAGCUACUGCUUACGCGGAUCCAAGAGAUGUCGCAGCUGUCUUCUAUCAAGCUGCAAUCAGAAGAAAGACUGAUACAUAUAACAUCUCCACCGGAGAGUAUUCAUAUCAGAUGUUCGUCAAUGAAUUUAGGAAAUUGAGACCUGAUUUAGACUCUUAUUUCCCUCUUGGAAACCCUGAUGAGAAAACUCCCAAGGAGCUCAACUACUUCACUAUAGACGGUAGCAAAGCAGCCAAAGAACUCGAUAUCAACUAUCAUACUCUGGAAGAAACCAGUAAAGAUACCUUGGAUCAUUAUGAAGCGAUUGGAGUAUUCAAAGUCGCACCUGGAAGCUGGGUCAAAGAAGUUUAA